AUGCUCAACGGUAGCAAGGUUCAAUCAAGCUCUAAACGCGACCCGUCUGCGAAGAGAUCGGGGAUCCCAGCGCUGCCUUCCUACGGGAGGUCAACGCCAAGUGGGGGAGGAAAGUUCGCUUCACCCCUGCGGUAUCAAUCCCCGGUACCCACCAAGAUUCCUCACCGUAAUCCACGUCUCGACAUGCCCCUCCCAGCUGUUCCGCAGCCGCUACGUCCACCCCAACCAACUGGCACGUCACAGCCCUCGGCCUCAUCCAUGAGUGCGCCAGCGUUACCUCGUACCAAGACCCGCAUGUCCGAGCCUCCUCCAACGACUCUGAAAACUUUACUACCACGCUCCAACUCUUCCUCCAAAAGCGACAUCGCUUCGGUCCUGCUGGCCUUCCCCACACCUCCUUCCGCCGCUGCUCACACACCCACGAAGCGCGUAGCCCCUCUCUCCCUGCCCCCACACUUGGCGAUGGGGGCCACGCCGUCACACUCGCAAGUCCCUCGUCCUAGGAGCUGCCUCAGCUCUUUGAAGCGGUCAUCCACAACUCCAACGUCUCGAAUAGGAGAAAAGAAGAAGGUUCACCCGAUCAAUACUGCAUCCCAAAGAGCCUCUCUCACCGUUUCCUCGCCAACGAGCAAGCGCGGCUCCACUAGCUCCCUCGUCGAUGUUCGACCCGUGUCAGCUCAAUUUUCGCCGACCAACCCACCCAGAUCACCACUUCCGGUAAGUUUUCAUUUAUUCCUUGCUUUCUGUUUCAUUUGAAUUGAUAAUGUUUGCUCAAAUUCUCCCAGGCCGUACCAAAGGAGCUGCCGGCGUUGCCUCAGCUGGUACUGACUUCCUCGAAGCGACCAUUGUCCAAGAUCACAGGACCGUCGACGGCACCUACCUUGUCGUCUAUGACCCGCGAAAAGAUACCCUCUCGAUCCUGUUCAUUUCCUCUACCGCCCUCGAUCGAGGUACCAACGCCGAAACUUUUGAGUUCCUUAAGGGAAGACGAAGUCGAAGAUUUGUUCGAUACACCCGUGCAUAGUAGACAGACCUCUUCUCGUUCCCGAGUCAGCUCUGUCGAUUCCCAAGCGAGUCGUUCGAAUGGUUCGGUUCGUGGCGGCUUGGUAAGACCCUGCGCUUCGUCUCCGAACUUGGCUCGGAAGCGCAUUGUAGCCGAGGAGGAGCGAGUAGAGCACCUAGAACCGCAAACACCGCUGGGUGACGUCUCGGAUGGGACGUCGCACUCGACCGGGGAAUCGUCCGAGAUCGACAUCGACGCGAGCUUGGAUGCAUCAGCCUGGAGGGCAGGAGUGAUGGCCAAAGAGCUGAUGGCAAUCGACAGUGAAGACGACGAGACGCAGGCCGAGUGCGUGAGGGAGUUGACGCUGCGACUCUCAAUGGCACGCCAGAAUCAAUCGGUGAGGGGCACCAGUCCCCAGCAGAGGCGGUUGGCUCACACGGUAAGGGCCUACAUUGAUCUCCGAUCUACUCUGGUAUAUCACCCGGAGGUCACUUGGACUGAUCGAGAUUUAGUCACGUUCCAUGCUUGCACAGCCGUACAAGAUCGUUCGCAAGCCACGCUCACAGCACUUCGAUUCUGAUUCGGACGGCUAUACCUUGUCGGAGGAAGAGGAGAACUUUGACCUCUCCCUCGACUAUGGCUCCUCCCUCUCACCAAGCCACAAAAUAUUCUCGUCCAGGUCACUCCGCUCGCGCAGCUCGACGUCGUCGUCCUAUGGCGAGCAGUCGACAAGCUGCAGUCCCGGCGCCACACUCUUUCUUCAGAGGCAGUCGAGUCGGGAAAAGCUGUGGCAGACGGCGCUUGAUUCAGAUAGUACCCUCGGUCUUGGUGCCAACGUUCUUCCAAGCUCUGGAGCGUAUAGUAAAGAACUUAGCGACCAAGAGCUAGCAGGCGCUCCGGAGCAAGACUUUUGGUCACCCUCUGGGCAUUGCAAUCGGUCGCUCGGUUCAUCGACCAGUACCAGGAUCGAUACACAAGGUCAAAUCGGUAAUAACACUUGUAUCUCGAUACAAGACUACAGGCAUCAAGUCCAACGCCAUGCCUCCGUAGGAAUGCACGAUUUCCAGUCCGGAUCUACAGACCUGCGACCGCUGCGCACUUAUUCCUCAACGUCGUCCUUGAAGCCAUUAGCCACCGUCGCUCGGCUGCAACAAGUGGAAGGAAGCUAUGGCGAAAAACGACUCUCCAACUUGACCCGUUCGGAAUCUUAUAAAUCUAACGCUAUGCUGAGACUGCACACGCAGACUCUGGCCGUCAAUCCUUCCGCUCCCUCUCCGGAGUGGACGGGCACCUUUCGCUCUGGAUCGAUUACGCCCAAGACCCCAUUGUCACCCAUCCCGUGCGGUUUGCCGAGCUCGCCUUCCGGCCCUUUUUCUCCCACUCGACGCCUCUCAUUGAAACCACUGAGGACGAGCCAGUCAUCCUCCGUGCUCUGCGGGAGCGUUUACGAGGUAGUCACCGCAUUAUCGUCGACGAACCUAAACCGCUCGAGCUCGACGUCAUAUCCCUCGAGGCCGCUUGGAGCUAUCGUGGCGAGUGGAAUGACAACGGGAACAGCUUCUCACGGGCGAAGGAUGUCUCGCUCGAUCCCUUACGUCUCGACGCAGGUGGGGACAACGCCGUUGAUCUUGCCCGGACUGGCCGAGGCGGCGCCCUCCUUCUGA